AUGGAGGAUGGCAACAAUGAGUGUGUACUGCACGUGGGAAAGCAUGUCACAUAUGAGGGGAAUCUACCAGAACUUGACGAUUCGCAAAAAUUGGCCAAAAAAGCAUCCUGGCAAAAAAGAAUUGAAGGGAUUCGUUGUGUGGUGGCACCAAUGGUGGAUCAAAGUGAGCUCGCAUUCCGGAUGAUGCUGCGAAAACAUGGAGCGCAUCUGUGUUUUUCACCGAUGAUCCAUGCACAGCUUUUUGUCACCGAUGCUACCUAUCGCCGUAUGGCCUUGUCCACAUGCCUUGAUGAUCGACCUCUCAUUGUACAGUUCUGUGCUAAUGACCCAGUGACUCUGCUAACCGCCUGCCAAUUAGUUGGAAAUUUUUGCGAUGGAGUAGAUUUGAACUUGGGUUGUCCUCAGCUCAUCGCUAAACGUGGACAUUACGGCGCUUACUUGCAGGAAGAUCUAAAAUUGAUUUGUGAAAUGGUUGCAUUAUUGCAUUCACAUUUGCGAUUACCUCUUUCUUGCAAGAUACGAAUUCUUCAGGACAUUAAUGAAACGGUCGCGUACGCUAGAGCCCUAGUGAAAGCAGGUGCUUGUAUGCUCACUGUUCACGGAAGAACUCGAGAACAACGAGGUCCGAAUACUGGCUUAGCGGAUUGGUAUGCUAUGCGUGCCGUCGUAAAUGCGGUUGAUGUGCCGGUCCUAGCAAAUGGCAAUAUUCAGCUACCCGGUGAUGUUGACCGGUGCUUGGAAAUAACUGGUGCAAGUGCAAUAAUGAGUGCUGAAGGUAUUCUAUCGAAUCCUUAUUUAUUUGAAAAACGACACGAAGUAAAUUGGACUGCAGCUCGGGAGUAUCUAGAUUUUGCAAAACGUUACGAAUCCACUGUCAGUGCUGUACGGGCUCACUUGUUCCGCAUAUGCCACCACAGUUUAUUAGAAUACAGCGAUCUGCGCGAACGUUUGUCAUACGUUUGUUCUAUGAAGGAUUUUCAUCAAAUUGUGGAUGAUUUGGAAGAGCGUGUUUUUCAGUCUGUUUCAAGUGCAAAAUUGGAAUUCGCAGAAGUGAAAGCAGUAGCUUUGGCUACUUCUCCUGCAUUGAUGCCUCACUGGAUCUGUAAGCCUUAUUAUCGUCCAAUACGUGAUGACUCAUCUGUUUCUGAUUCGCUGUAUCGUGAACGACGACGAGCGGAGCUUGAUGCUUUGGCUCAAAAGACUGGCCUUUCAAAGAGGCAAUUACGUAAGCGUGAGAAGCGGAAAAUUGAAGAUCGAAAGGAACAGUGCAAGGUUCAAGCUUAUUCGAAGUGUUUACGUUGCGACUUGCCUGCCAGUCAGGGUUGUACAUUUGUUUAUUGUAAGAAUUGUUGUCGUUUCAGAGCUGCAACGGAACGAAAGGACUGUAAAACACACAAUUUCCAUUUUACUACGAAAAUUCCGUGGUGUUAUCGUGAACGUAAUGGUACAGCGGCAGUUGCAACAAGCUAA